AUGAGUGCUAUGUCCCAAACAAGAGUCGCCAACGCUAAUGCUCGGGAGGCUUAUGCAACACCGUUGAGUGCCGCCGAUGAUGGACUCUAUCAUCCAGCAAAAUAUUCGCAUGGAGCGGAUACUAUUUAUCAGGGUGCGCAGACUAACCAAGCCCCUACCACCUUACAGGUAGCGCCUUUGGUUACAAAUGCAAUAGUGACAAGUACGCCACAGUCACCAGCGUGGGAUACAGCUAGACUCGCCGAGACCGGAAUUCCGGGCUCUACAGAGAAGCUAGCCAUGGCGACAGAUAUUUUUCAGAGUUCCUCAAUUACUCUACCAAAUGGAGCCCCAUCAGCAACCACGUUCGACUUUCCAGUCACGUCUACAACAUCGGUGGCGAACAAUCUACCACAACGGAAAGAAUCAGCACUCAAAGAAUCUCGCGUUUACCAUCUGUUGGUUAUUUUUCUUGUUGCCUCUCUCAUAAUACUCAUGAUUAUGGGUUGGUUCAAGCGACAGGCCGAGCGAGAGAAACCUAUACUUAUAACAUACCAACAGCCUACCAUUAACCCGACCGUUCCGAAGCAACACUUUGCGGCAGCCCUCUCUCAAUCCAAAGGUCUUACGACGGGUUUCCUGGCAAUGAGUGCUGAAGCGAUUAGUGCAAUCUAA